AUGUCGGAAAGAAAACCCUCUAUAAAAACCGGCAGCUCCUCUCAGAGCCGCUUCCAGGUGGAUGUUGUGACGGAGGGGUCGUCCACACCGGGCCCGGCUCCUGCUUCUGCCCCGGGCUCCGCCGAUGGAUCCAGGGCUCCUCCUGAGGAGUCCAAGGGCCGCUUCAAGGUGGUGGGCUUCAUGGACCCGGGCGGCCUGGGCACUGCCACGGACAUCGGGCACCCUCCGGACGUUUUUCACGAGCCGGACACGACAAGGAGCGACUCGGUGAGCCUUCACUCCUCCGGCACCGGGCAGACCCACUUCUCCGACUCCCACUCCAACACCUACUACAUGCGGACCUUCGGACACAACACCAUCGACGCGGUGCCCAACAUCGAGUUCUACCGGCAGACCGCUGCGCCUUUCGGGGAGAAACUCACCAGACCGUCGCUGUCGGAGCUCCACGAUGAACUCGAUAAAGAGCCCUUUGAGGACGGCCUGGCCAACGGCGAGGAGCCGUCAGCAGCCGAGGAGGCGGCGGCUUUGAUGGCAAAGGAGGGAAAAGGAGGAUCUGUCAAGUUUGGUUGGAUUAAGGGAGUCCUGGUGCGAUGCAUGCUGAAUAUCUGGGGAGUGAUGCUCUUCAUCCGCAUGUCCUGGAUCGUUGGACAGGCUGGAAUUGGGCUCACCAUCGCCAUCAUCGUCAUGGCCACCAUGGUCACCACCAUCACCGGCCUGUCUACGUCAGCGAUAGCAACAAACGGCUUCGUACGAGGAGGUGGGGCGUACUACCUGAUCUCCAGAAGUCUGGGUCCAGAAUUCGGAGGAUCUAUCGGCCUCAUCUUCGCCUUCGCCAACGCGGUGGCCGUGGCCAUGUACGUCGUGGGCUUUGCCGAGACGGUGGUUGAGAUGCUCAGUGACGUUGACGCCCUGAUGACUGAUGAGCUGAACGACGUCCGUAUCGUCGGGACUCUGACCGUCAUACUGUUGCUGGGGAUCUCUGUUGCUGGGAUGGAGUGGGAAGCCAAGGCUCAGAUUGUCCUCUUGGUGAUUCUGCUGGCGGCCAUUGCUAACUACUUUUUAGGCACCUUCAUUCCAGUCGAAAACAAAGAGCCCAAAGGAUUCUUCGGAUACAACACCGCCAUCCUCUUCGAGAACUUCGGCCCAGACUUUAGAGACGAGGAGACGUUUUUUUCGGUGUUUGCGAUUUUCUUCCCUGCUGCCACUGGGAUCCUAGCGGGAGCCAACAUCUCUGGUGACCUCGCUGACCCUCAGUCAGCGAUCCCUAAAGGAACCUUGCUGGCCAUCGUCAUCACAGGCAUCACCUAUGUGGCUGUUGCCAUUUCCGCAGGUUCCUGCAUUGUGAGAGAUGCAACUGGUGAUCAAAACGACACGGUGAGCGACACGGUGAACUGCACAGACGCCGCCUGCACGCUGGGCUACGACUUCUCCAUCUGCAAGGAAGGAGGCUGCAAGUUCGGCCUGAUGAACGACUUCCAGGUGAUGAGUCUGGUGUCCAGCUUCGGUCCGCUGAUCAGCGCCGGCAUCUUCUCUGCUACUUUGUCCUCAGCUCUAGCCUCCCUGGUCAGCGCACCCAAAGUCUUCCAGGCUCUCUGUAAGGACAACAUCUAUCCUGGGCUCGGCAUUUUUGCAAAGGGCUACGGUAAAAACAACGAGCCUCUCCGUGGAUAUGUCCUGACCUUCUGCAUCGGCCUGGCCUUCAUCCUUAUUGGCGAGCUGAACAUCAUCGCUCCCAUCAUCUCCAACUUCUUCCUGGCCUCUUAUGCCCUCAUCAACUUCUCUGUCUUCCAUGCCUCCCUGGCCAACUCUCCAGGGUGGCGUCCGAGCUUCAAGUACUACAACAUGUGGGUUUCUCUGGCUGGAGCCAUCCUCUGCUGCGUUGUGAUGUUUGUCAUCAACUGGUGGGCCGCCCUGGUCACCCUGCUCAUCAUCCUCGCCCUCUACAUCUACGUCAGCUACAAGAAACCAGAUGUGAACUGGGGUUCUUCCACUCAGGCUCUCAUCUACAACCAGGCUCUGACGCACUGCCUCAACCUCUCCAGCGUCGAGGACCACGUCAAAAACUUCAGGCCGCAGUGUUUGGUGCUGGCUGGUUAUCCAAACUCCCGCCCGGCGCUGCUGCAGCUGGUCCAUUCCUUCACCAAGGACGUCAGCCUCAUGGUGUGCGGUCACGUCAGGACGGUGGCCCGGCGGCCAAACGUUAAGGACCUAACCCAGGAUUACGUUCGGUGUCGGCGCUGGCUGCUGAAGAAACGGAUCAAAGCCUUUUACGCUCCGGUUUUUGCAGACAACCUGAGGAUCGGGGCCCAGCUGCUCCUGCAGGCGGUGGGUUUGGGGCGUCUGAAGCCCAACACGCUGGUGAUGGGAUUCAAAAACAACUGGAGCGACGGAAACAUGAGAGACGUGGAGAAUUACAUCAACACGAUCCACGAUGCCUUUGACCUGCAGUUUGGAGUGGUGAUCCUCAGGCUAAUGGAUGGACUGGACAUCUCUCACAUUCCAGGACAAGAUGAGCUGCUGUCGCCCAGCGAGAAGCCGCCGAAGGAAAGCAAAGAUGUUCUGAUUCCCGUCAGCGCCGCUAAAGACUCGGACUCUGACUCCUGUCCAUCCAAAACCCACAGCAACCAGAGCAGCCCGCUCAUCAUCAGAGCCACAGACACCAAAUGUCCUCUGAGUCUGACUGACCAGCGUCUCCUGGAGAGCAGCCAGAUGUUUAAGAAGAAACAGGGAAAGGGAACCAUCGACGUGUGGUGGCUGUUCGAUGACGGAGGUCUGACUCUGCUGAUCCCCUACCUGCUGACCACCAGGAGCAAAUGGGGCGACUGCCGGAUCCGGGUCUUCAUCGGUGGAAAGAUCAACCGAAUAGACCACGACCGCCGAGCGAUGGCCACGUUGCUCAGCCGCUUCAGGAUCGACUUCUCUGAUAUCAACGUUCUUGGAGAUAUCAACGUGAAACCAAAAAAACACAAUAAGCUGAGCUUCAAGGAGCUGAUCGAGCCGUACAGGCUGAGGGAGGAUGACAUGGAGCAGGAGGCUGCGGAGAGGCUGAAGGCUCAGGAGCCCUGGAGGAUCACCGACAACGAGCUGGAGCUCUACAAAGCAAAGACCAACCGUCAGAUCAGACUCAACGAGCUGCUGAGGGAACACUCCAACACCGCCAAACUAAUCGUUGUAAGCAUGCCUUUGGCCAGGAAGGGCACCGUGUCCAGCGCCCUCUACAUGUGCUGGCUGGAGACGCUGUCCAAAGACCUCCCCCCGCUGCUGCUGGUCCGAGGAAACCACCAGAGUGUCCUCACCUUUUACUCCUAACGCCCAAUGCAGGGUGUGUGUCGGCGCCUGAGUUUAUUUAUUACAGCGUUAGAUCUGCUCACGCCCAGAAACGCGAUCAGACUUCAGGUUCUGAAAUGUUUUGGCUCGAUUUGAGCAGGUUGGUUGUUGCUGUUUAACCAGCUUCCUCUAACAUAAAGCUGUAUAUUUAUUGGCUUUCUGGGAUUUGAUUGAAGACGUAUUUAAUUAAUUACGGUCAACAUUUAGUUCUAAAUAUCCCUAAUUUUUUUUUAUUCUUCAGAAUGUCCUGGCAUUCAGGUUUCCAGUUCUUAUGUUUUGUUUCUCUGAGUUUCAUUUUGCAAAGAAUUGUUUUUCCCAUAUAACAUUUUUUGUAAGUGAUUUUAAUAAAAAUAUUAACAAACC